AUGGGAGCAUUAGAUGAAGGGCAUUUGAAUCUGGAGCUUGAGAUUGGGAUGAAAAAUGGCUGCAUUGAGCUUGCUUUCGAGCACCAACCAGAGACUUUAGCAAUCCAAGACGCUGUCAAACUUCUCCUGCAAGGUCUUCGUGAGGAUGUCAAUAGGGAAGGCAUCAAAAAGACUCCUUUUCGUGUCGCCAAGGCCCUUCGUGAAGGCACCAGAGGUUAUAAGCAAAAGGUGAAGGAGUUUGUACAGAGUGCUCUGUUUCCGGAAGCAGGGUUGGAUGAAGGAGUUGGGCAAGCAGGGGGAGUGGGAGGGCUUGUUGUGGUUCGAGAUCUCGAUCACUACUCUUACUGCGAAUCUUGCUUGCUUCCUUUUCAUGUGAGGUGUCACAUAGGUUAUGUCCCUUCGGGGCAACGGGUUUUAGGACUGAGCAAGUUCUCCAGAGUCACGGAUGUUUUCGCCAAGCGGCUCCAAGAGCCUCAGCGUUUGGCUGAUGAUGUAUGCUCAGCUCUCCAGCACUGGGUCAAACCAUCUGGAGUCGCUGUUGUUCUCCAGUGCUCUCACAUUCACUUCCCUACUUUGGACUUGGACUCUCUUGAUUCCUCAAGCCACCAUGGAUUUGUGAAGCUGCUGGUUUCCUCCGGGUCAGGAGUUUUCGAGGAUGAAAGCUCGGAUCUUUGGGGUGAGUUUCUGAGUUUCCUCAAGUUCAAAGGCGUGAAAACGCAAGCUUUGUGUAGAAACGGCGGCUCUGUGAAAGAGUGGUGCCCGAGCGUCAAAAGCUCGGCUAAACUCUCGCCUGAAGAAGACCCGGAAAUGGUUUCUGCGGUUGUUUCCAUCCUCAAGUCAUUAGGAGAAGAUCCGUCGAGGAAAGAACUCAUUGCUACACCGGCUAGGUUCCUCAAGUGGAUGAUGAACUUCCAAAAUGCCAACCUGGAGAUGAAGCUGAACGGCUUUAACUGUGUCAAAGCCAAGGGGGAGGCCAAAGAGAGGAGGCUGCAGUGUGAACUGAACUUACCGUUCUGGUCAAUGUGUGAGCAUCAUCUGCUUCCUUUCUAUGGAGUUGUUCAUAUUGGCUACUUUUGCGCAGAAGGAUCAAACCCCAACUCUGUUGCAACCUCGCUCAUGAAAUCGAUUGUACACUUUUACGGGUUUAAGCUCCAAGUGCAAGAGAGGAUGACUCGACAGAUCGCAGAGACGCUAUCGCCUCUUGUUGGCGGAGAUGUGAUCGUAGUGGCGGAAGCAGGGCACACUUGUAUGAUCUCUAGAGGCAUUGAGAAGUUUGGAAGCAGCACUGCGACUAUUGCAGUUUUGGGCCGGUUUUCGGAUGACAGUUCCGCAAGAGUGGCGUUUCUAGACAAGAUCCAUACAACAUCUGCCUUGAAGACUGAACCAAGCUCACCAGUUUGA